GCGGCCACGAAGAUCCAGGCGUGGUGGCGGGGCACCAUGGUGCGCAGCUCCUUGCUGCACAUGGCGCUCAGGGCCUGGGUGAUCCAGUGCUGGUGGAGGUCCCUGCAGGCCCAGAGGCUGGAGCGGAGGCGGAGCCUGGCGCUGAGACUCUACACCUGUCAGGAGUGGGCGGUGGUGAAGGUGCAGGCCCUCGUCCGCAUGUGGCAGGCCCGCCGACGCUUCCACCAGGCCCGCCAGGCAGCCUGCAUCAUCCAGUCCUACUGGCGCUGGCACAGCAGGCAGACCCGAGGCCUGAUCCGGGGCCGCUACGAGGUCAAAGCCAGCAGGCUGGAGCUAGACAUCGAAAUCCUCCUGACCUAG